CGUCGGAGCAGCUGCCGGCAGGCCAAGAGCGGGCAGCGCGCCUCGGAGGAGCCGCUCGGGCUGGGCUGGGAGCCGGAGAACGGAGUCGGGCCGGCCAUGCAGCGGGACGAAUGGGACGAGCAGAGCGAGCUGCGGGAGCUCAACGCCCGCCUGGAGCUCUACGUACGGCGGGUGCGGGACUUGGAGCAGGAGAAUGGGCGCUUGGAGCACGAGCUGGCCGCCUUGCGCGGCCGGGAAGGGCGCGCGGGCCGCUGGCAGGAGACGGAGCGAGAAGUGGCUGAGCUGCGCCGGGUGGUGGCCGAGCUGAGCCGGGCUAAAGGCGAAGGCGAGCUGGAGCGGGACGCGCUGCGCCACGAGUUGGAGAGCUUGGAGAGGCUGAGCGCGCAACUUGGAGAGCUGCGCCUCCGCCGCCUGGAGCCCGAGCUGUCCCGGCGGCAGCAGCAGCUGGAGGGGCUGUGGGCCGACUGCGCCGCUCUGGAGGCGCUGCUGGAGCAGCUCCUGGCCGAGCACGAAGGGCUGCAGGAAGCGCGCAAGCAGCGGCCGGCCGCGCUGCUGUCUGCCCCGCGCGUCCUCCGGGCCGGGCGCUCCGAGAAGCGGCAGCUGGCCUCCGACUACGCGCUGGUGCUGAGCUGGAGCUGCGCGCAGAGCCUGGAGCGAUACGAGGCCGAGUUGCGGGCGCUGCAGGAGCUGGAAGGGGGCCGCCUGGGCCAACAGGACCUGCGCAAGCUGCGCGCCCAGAACCAGGAGAGCCGCCGGCGCCUCGAGGAGCUGUGGCACCGCUGCCGGGAGCUUUGCGCGCUGGGCGAGCGGCUGGAAGAGGAGCGGCUGGCGCAGCAGGAGAGCCACGGCGCCCAGCUGGCCGAGUACCAGAUGAUAAUUGAAGCCCUUCAAGAAGAGAAGAGCUACUUGACCAUGUCCAUCGCAGAGUACCUAAAGGAUUACCAUGAACUCCUGCAAGUGAAAGCUGGACUCAGCCUGGAAAUCGAAACUUACAGAGCUUUGCUAGAAGCAGAAGGUCGCCAAUGGAUUCUCAUGUGGAAUGAAGAACAUGGAAAAGGUUACCCCAAGGUGACCGAAAUCUGCGUUACGAUUAUAGCAACCGAUACUCCGCUUAUCAACAGGAGAAAGGAAGAAAAGCCUUCCCGAAUCCCAAAUGUUGACCUAAGAUACAAAUUCCCACAAACAAAUAUGAGCCGCUCUGUGUUUUUCAUCUAUCAGAAAGUGCUAGAAGGCAAAGAGUUCUCCCUGAGAAAAAGCGCUACCAAAAGAACCCUUCAGGCCAGGACAGCGUCCUUCAACUACUACCGAAAGGCAUGUGACUCAAGUAUAGCAGAGAGCAUUGUUUCUGACAUCCUUAGUUUUGUACAAAAGUCUUCAGAAAGGACUUCCCCCGAAGCUAAAAUAACUUCCUUCGAAAAGGAAAUUUCUGAGGAUGGAAAAGUGAAAACCAAGAUCAGCAUAGAGUCCACAGUUCAGGAUGACCUUGAUGCGUCUAAUAAGUCUGAUGGGAAGUUUCUUAGAGAAAAUCUUAAAAAAGUAUUGGAGGAUACCAAAGGAAGUUUAGAUGAAAUGGUGGAGUUUUUCAACCCCAUUCGAAGAAAACAACCCGAUGAGAUUGUGUCUCAUGUGGAAGAAGUAUCUGAGGGAGAUGAUGUUGUGGAUGGAAAGUACUUUGUUUCCACUCCAGAUGAAUACCCGUUUGGAUAUGAGGGGGAAGGUUCCACCUAUGGUCAAAUCCAUUUGAAGAAAUCAACAUGAAAUAUUCCUUGGCAAGAUGAAUUUCUGGAAGGGUCUCAAACCAAUAAGGAGGGUCUGGCUUCAUCAGAAAUGAUUUAUCAAGUAAUUGGCGCAGAUGCCGGGCCGUUUAUCUCAAAGGCAGGCCCCAAAGAACAGGUGGCCCAUGCUGAAUCUCUAGUUAUGAGAAGGAUUAAAAUCCCACAUGAAUUUCAAGAAUCAAUAAAGAUUUUUUCUCACCAUUCAAAGGAUCCUAAACAUCAGUUGAAAGAGGCACUAGGGAAGCUUGAAGCAACUCUUCCAGCUGUGAAACAGGAACUUGGUGAACUCACCGAAGAGGACAAAGCUGACUCUAGUACCUUGGAAGUGGAUAUUAAAAAAGUAGAGUACCCUGAAAAAGAGGUGUAUUUACUAUCGUUUGCAGAAGUUAAUUUAUCCCAGACCAUAGACACUGACCAGUUGAGUACAGAGUGGCUUGGUGAAGUUGGGGCCGAUCAGAUGAAAUUGUCCAAACAAUCACCAAAUGAAGUAGCUUUGAGCAAUACAGAUCACAGACACAUCCGGCAUGUUGUUGUUGGUCCAACUGAAAUCCGUAAGACUGAACAUGUCUUUUAUGAAGGUCCUACUUCUGACACUCUGGAGUUUGGAACAGUGGACUUUACAACAGAGUAUCCACAGACGCAGGUCAAUUCAGAAGGAAAUAAGUUGAGUCCUAAACACACGGAAACCACAGAAAAAAUAAUUUAUAGAAGUCCUAUUUAUACAUCUGAAGAAGUGAGUAUCCUGAAAAUUCUACUACUCACACCGAUUUCAAGUGAUAUCAGAUCCUCCAAGCAUAUCACAUUGGAUUCCAAACAAAUUGUUGAAAAAAUCACGUUUGAGGGAUCAGCUUCAGACUUGUCAUCAGCUAAAAAGGGAUAUCUUUUCCCAGAGAAAGAUCCCAUAGCAAUGAGCACAUCAGUAACACUCCAAAUAGAUCCCAAAGAAAUACAUGUUGAACAAGAAAUCUAUGAAACAUCAGAUGAUGGUUCCACCAAGCCUGGUGAGGAGAAGGUGCUGGAUGUUAACACUACAAUCGGACAUAUCAAAUUAAGUCCGAAGGAAUUUGUAAGUGAACAAUUGUUUUACAGGCCCAUUUCUGAACAGCACCAAAAGGUCCAUGAAUUGGGGCAGAUGCUUUCUUCUGAAGGGUCGGUACAUCGUAAAAUUAGGGCAGAAGAAGUCCAGAGCCAUGAUUUCAUGUCCCAAGAUUUUGUUUUGGAUCUCCAGGAAUUGGUUCUCCAGAAGACGACCUUGGAAAAGAUGGACUCUCAGAAACAGCAAAUCUGUUGGGCAAAUCAGAAUCGAGAAGAAACGUCCUUUACCCUUCCAGAUGGACAUAAACAAAUGGAAGUCAGAGGAUCCACGUUCGAUCAAACUGUGCAACUGCAAAGAAUGGUUGACCAACGAUCGGUUUCAGAUGAAAAGAAAAUUGCCCUUCUACUCCUCAAUGAAAACGGGGAAGACGAGGACCAGGGACCCUGGUUUUAAAAACUAACAUUUCCAAGUUUUGUUUUUAAAAACCUAGAAGCUUAACUGCUGCAUCGCUGAGUUUUAAACCUGGGAAUAUUUCGUCCUUCGUCCUGAACAAAGGACGUGGAACGUAAUAUUCUGAUGCAGUAAUAUUUUAGCAGCAUUCUUUUCUUAAAUUACGUAAGAUUUCAUUUUACUGAUGCUGUGGAUAUCUCAACACGAUUUUUUUUGUAGUUUCCUUGUUUCUGUUUGAGAAAGGAUUUAAGUGGUAAGGAAAUACCAUUUUUUGCUCAAUUUAAAAAGUAGCCUUUUUUUAAAAAAAAAAAUGACAUUUAAGUCAAAAUCAUACUGAUUCCCGUGGAUUGUCCAGAAUAGACAUACAGAGAGCCCUUGGCUUACAAUCACAUUAGGACUGACAAUUCCUUGUUAAGCAGGUGAUGGUUAAAUGAUUGCAUUACAUGAUAACAUUUAAUUUUACGACCAUUUUUACUGUGGUCAUUAGGUGAAUCUACCUUCCCCCCAUAUUGAGUUUGCUUGUUGGAAGCUGGGAAGGAGCAAAUUGUGAUCCCCGACCACGGCUGUGGUACAAACUGUCACUUUUUUCAGUCCGGCUGUAAUUCCAAACUGUCACUCAGCGAAUAGCCAUUAAGUCAAGAACUAGCUGUAUUAACAAUCCAAGGAACAAGGCAGCUUGUUGGGAUCGCAGUUUAUGGAAACAAGUCUGUGUACACUAUAGCAAAAAUGUGGCUGAUCUGCUAGAUCUCUCCUUCUAAACUCUUAUUCAGCGACAUUUUAAAAAAAUAAGUGACCAAAAGGAACAACAAAUUGCUAAUAUUAUGUCAGGUCAUUGACCUUUUCUCUCUCUCCCUCUCCUCUCUCCCCCCUCUUUCCUCUCCCUCUUUCCUCUCUCCCUUCAUCU